AUGACUUUAUUAGAUAUUAUAACAAAGAUUGGUAAUCCUUCAAGCUCUACUUUAGUAUCCACUGUUAGUUACUCUGGUUCCAACGACUUUGGCUCCGAUGAAAUAUCCUGGGAUGGUGGUGGUAGUGGCUGGAGGGGCGGUGGUGGCGGUAGUGGCUGGAGGGGCGGUAGUGGCUGGAGGGGUGGUAGUGGCUGGAGGGGCGGUAGUGGCUGGAGAAGCGGUGGCGGUAGUGGCUGGAGAAGCGGUGGCGGUGGCGGUGGCGGCAGCUGGGGUCAUUGGUAA